UCAGUUGUAGGAGUUUGGGUAUCAUGGUCUGAUGGGCGAAAGACUGAAGAAGGUCAAAGAAAAAGUAUUUGACUAACAGAAUCAAUAAUCACAUCUCACGUUAUUCUCACCUUUUCUAAGAAAAAAUUUCUGCUUGAACAUCACCGACAAUCGCGUUUUAUUUUGACAAAAAGCAACAAAAAUUUUGUUCUCAUCUGGGAUAAGAUCCCACCCACCAAAUCUGUGUUUUUUUAUAUUCUCCAGUGAGAUGGGUUAGGUACUUAAGUGCAGAAACCCAGAGACUAAAAGCGGCCUAUUUCUUUCAGCCUUCUGGCUUUUCAGCUCAAGAUUUCAGAAGCUCCACCCCAAAUUAAACACCCCAAGAAAGAAACAAACAAUAUGGAUCUCCUCGCUGAUGUUUCAAACCCACAAAAUUUUGAACCCCAAAGUCAAAUAUCCCAUUUGGCUCUCGACAUAGGAGGAUCUUUGAUCAAAUUGGUAUAUUUCUGGAGAAAUAAUGAUCGUGGUAGAGAUGAUGAUGAGCAAAGGUCUCACAAUGAGAGUGUUGGUGUUUCCGAUAGUGAUACUGGUCAACCUGUUCUCGAAGGACGGCUUCAUUUCGCAAAGUUUGAAACUAGCAAGAUAAAUGAUUUCUUGGAGUUCAUUCAUUGCAAGAAACUUUGCCUUGGUGGUUUCCGUGAUUGCACUGCUCCUUCCAGUGACAAGAUCUUUAUUAAGGCGACAGGCGGUGGUGCUUACAAAUUUGCUGACCUAUUCAAAGAAAAGCUUGGAAUUACUCUUGACAAGGAAGAUGAAAUGGACUGCCUUGUGACUGGUGCAAAUUUUUUGCUUAAGGCAGUCCACCAAGAAGCUUUUACAUACUUGGAUGGUCAGAAGGAAUUUGUUCCGAUUGAUCAUAAUGAUUUGUAUCCUUAUCUUCUUGUUAACAUUGGGUCUGGUGUUGGCAUGAUAAAGGUAGAUGGAGAUGGCAAGUUUGAGCGAGUUAGUGGAACUAACCUUGGAGGUGGCACAUUUUGGGGUUUGGGAAGGCUUUUGACAAAGGACGAGAAUUUUGAUGGGUUGCUGGAGCUAAGUCAUCAGGGAAAUAAUAGAGUUGUAGAUAUGCUUGUUGGUGAUAUCUAUGGUGGAACAGGUUAUGGAAAGAUUGGUCUCUCUGCAACAACCAUUGCUUCCAGCUUUGGCAAGGUCAUUUCUGAUGAUAAAGAGCUGGAAGAUUACAAACCUGAAGACAUCUCCCGCUCCCUUUUACGAAUGAUUUCAAAUAAUAUUGGUCAGAUCUCUUACUUGAAUGCACUUCGAUUUGGGCUUAAGCGGAUAUUUUUUGCGGGAUUUUUCAUUCAGGGUCAUGCCUAUACUAUGGAUACAAUUUCUGUUGCUGUUCAUUUCUGGUCCAAAGGUGAGGCCAAAGCAAUGUUUUUGCGGCAUGAAGGUUUUCUUGGGGCACUGGGUGCAUUCAUGAGUUAUGAGAAUCAGAGUCUUGAUGGCUUGAUGGUCCAUAAAAUACUGCAAAGGUUCCCCAUCAGCGCAUCCUCUGCCGGAAAUAAGAUUUCUUGCUCAUUAAACAGUGAUCCAAAUGGGAAUGAAAGUAUUGAGUGUACAGUCCGCGGAACGUAGCAUCUACAGCCACUUCCUUCGCACUUUGAUACAGCAUACAAGGCGGAAGUGAUUCUUGUGGAAAACUCUAGGCACCCAUGCAGGUCUGCAACAUAGUUGAUACAUUGUAGGAACAAUAAUGUAAAUGGAAAGCGACUGGAGAACAACAAAGACAGUUAGAUCUCACAAUUAGACCAGAUUCUGUUGCAUCUCUCCGUAUGUUACAUGUGCUAUAUACGUAGCUUUUUUUUUCUCUAAUGAAAUCAUUUACUUCAAACUGCUUUUCUUCUGAAUUUCUGAUGUAGAUUUUUCCUGGAUGUAUACAUUUCAUUACAACUCUGUAUGUUUUGUAUAAAAUAAU